AUGGAUCUGUACAAUUAUGAAUCACCAAGCUUGAGAAAUGGCAAUGGACCCACAUCGCGCCAUUCUCCUAUUAUCAAUUACCGAAAGGAUGCUAAAAAGGCGGUCAAAUUCACAAUGAUGGUUGUUGGUGAACUGGGAACUGGUAAAACAACUUUUAUCAAUAGUUUGUUAAACAAAAGGGUUUUAGACCAUCGGUAUGAAAACCCGUCAUUGAUUUCAUCAAACAAAGACUGUGAAACCAAAACAUUGGCAUUCACUUCUGCCAAAUCUGUAGCUUUGCCUAAUACAUCAAUGUUGACUAGAAAUGAGUUUAAUCCAAGUACUAUUGACGAAGAGCCAGGUAUUGCCUUGACUGAGACAAAAGUGGAAAUUGUUGAUGACGACAAUCUUAAAUUGGUGUUGAAUAUUAUAGAUACACCUGGAUUUGGAGAAAAUUUAAACAAUGAAUUGUGUUUUGUUGAAAUUGAAAAUUAUUUAAAACAGCAAUUUGAUCUUGUUUUGGCCGAAGAGACCCGUAUUAAAAGGAAUCCUAGAUUUACUGAUACUAGAGUCCAUGUUAUGCUUUACUUUAUUGCCCCCACCGGACAUGGAUUAAGAGAACUCGACAUUCAAUGUAUGAAGAGAUUAUCGAAAUAUGUCAACAUCAUUCCUGUUAUUGGAAGAGCUGACUCUUUUACUUCAAACGAAUUACAUUACUUUAAACAACAAGUUAGAACUGACAUUGAAAAAUUCAAUGUUCCUAUUUUUCAAUUUGACAACUUUUUGAAUGAAUAUGAUGAAGAAGAAGAUUAUGAUUUAAUACAGGAAUGUAAAUUUCUUUCCAAUUUGCAACCAUUUGCUGUUAUUACAUCGGAAGAUUCUUUUGAAAUUAGAGAUAAGAAAACGGGUGAAUCUAAAAUUAUAAAGGCAAGACAAUAUCCUUGGGGUUUGGUGGAUAUUAACGAUACUACAAUUAGUGACUUUGUUAUUUUGAAAUCAGUGUUAUUGGGCUCCCAUUUACAAGAUUUGAAGGACUUGACCCAUGACUUUUUAUAUGAAACUUAUAGAACCGAGAGAUUGACUAAAGUCACGGGUGGUGGCGUUUUAGAAGAUGAUGAAUAUGAAGAUAGUGAGUUCCACGAUACUGUUGAACACCAUAAUAAUGGUGAAGAUAGGGGUGGAUUGGUAGGUUCAGCUGUUCCUUCCUUGUCCAACUUGGCGCGACUUGCAAAUGAAACAAAUGAGGGUGAUACUACAAUCCAUGGUGAUGGCUUGGAUAAUCGCUCUCUUGGUUCUUCACAUUCAUCACUUAAAAAAUCUACUUCAAUGUUACUAGAUGACAAUGCCUCAUCCAAUUCAUCACCAUAUUUACAUUCACAUGGAAACUUUACUUCGAGUACUUCCACUGCUGCUACAGUCAAUGACAAGAACCCCAAUAGUAAUGCUUUCAAAAGGCUAUCUAUUGGACCACAAAGAAAUCAAUUGCGUCAAAUUUCUGAAACUGUUCCUUAUGUUAUAAGACAUGAACGAAACCUUGAGAGACAGAACAAGUUGGAAGAGAUGGAAAAAGCCAGUGCAAAGGAAUUGGCAGCAAGAGCUGCAUUAUUGGAGAAGAAGGCACAAGAAUUGAAGCUUAAAGAAAAGAAUUUAUUGAGACAAUUGGAGUUAGCAAAACAGCGUAAACUGAGUGCUGCAACUAGUGAAGUGUCGUCCUCUAAAACGAGUGAAAAUGUUGAAGUUGUUAAUGACAGUGAUGAUCAUUCACAUCGUGCAGAUGAAUCAAUCGACCAUGGUGAUAAUGGACGUAUUCAAAAGGAUGAAACGUUAACAGAUUUGCAUUCGAUAGUGGGUGAUCAACGUCAGCACCAGCGUUAA